AUGAGCAGCCAACCCCCAUAUCCCCUCCACGAGUCCGUGGUCGGCCGAAUAGACCCCGAAUACGCCGCCUUCUAUAACAAACACAUUAUAGACAAGCAACAAGUUCAUCUUCAACCUAUAGAAGCAUCACGGGCCAGUGGUGUUCUUAUUCCAGGCAGUGGGCCAUUGCAACCAGUCGCCAGCACAGUCGAUUACAAAGUCAAACGAAAGGAAAGCGAUGGUCCCGACGUUAGUGUUCGAUGCUUCACACCGAACGGUGAGAAGCCAGCAGCGGGUUGGCCAGUAUGUAUUUACUACCACGGUGGAGGGUGGGUUCUCGGUACAAUUGAGACCGAGAACGUCAUCGCGUCGCACUUAUGUGCUCGAGGCAAGUGUGUUGUCGUCAGCGUAGACUACAGACUUGCACCUGAGAACCCUUUCCCCGCUGCUGUACACGAUUCUUGGGAGGCUGUCUUGUGGGUCAUCGGGGAAGGCGAAGAUAUCCUUGGGUUAGACACAUCGAAAUUGGCAACAGGUGGCUCUUCUGCUGGUGCCAACUUGGCAGCCGUAAUGUGUCAGAGGGCCGCCGAUCGAGCAUCGCCCCAGUUCUCACUGCAACUCCUUUCAGUUCCAGUAAUGGACAACACGGCCGACAUUACAAAUAAUGAGUCGUGGAAAGAAAACCAGAAUUCACCGGCGCUCCCAGCCCCUAAGAUGCUUUGGUACCGUUACCAUUAUCUUCCUAACAAAGAUAACUGGUCCCAUCCUGAAGCUAGUCCACUGUUUUGGAAGGGGGAUUUCUCAAACCUUCCACCAGCGUGUUUUGUUGUUGGUGAAUUGGAUGUUCUUCGCACAGAGGGCGAGCAAUUCGCAAAAAAGCUGCGAGAUUCUGAUGUCAAGGUUGAAUUCAACGUAAUGAAGGGUCAACCACAUCCAUUCAUUGCUAUGGAUGCAGUCUUGGAGGCUGGUUCAAGAGCCAUAACGCUGUUCUGUGACGCUCUUUACAAGACCAUGUAUGAAACAUGGUGA